CCCGUUUGAGAAGCGUAGUCCCUAAAGAGGUUCGGAUUUCCAUUAAACCACAUGCAAGUAUUGCGGUAUUGCAGGCUUGUACUAAUGCCCAUCCGACAGCUUUGCACUCGCCUUCCUUAAGAACUUGGAGUGCUGUAUUCUUCUUAACACAGUUACCCAUGCUGCUCACUUUAUUAGGCUUUAGGUGGCACUUGGCCUUGGCAUCUGGCACAAAUCUAUGCGGGUCAUAACCCGUUGAUACAUAAGCUGCACCAAGACACUAAGAAAUAAGCUGAUACGAAGAGGACUCUACCUUUUGGCGCUGGGGUGGCCGCGAAAUGGGGAGGGACAAGUCGCGGUCGCCUUCGCGGAAGAAGGACAAGAAGGAGCACAAAGACAAGAAGGAUAAGAAAGAGAAACGCGACAAGCGGGACUACGAUCGUGACUACGAUCGCGGGCACCGAGAGCGUUCGCCUGCGGACCGCGAGGAGUAUCGUGACAGGCCCCGGGAUGACGGCGGUUACUCCGGUCGCGGGAAAUACGGAGCAGAAAGCCGUGACAGGUACCCUGACUACGACGGUUCGGAGUAUCGCGGUGGUCGUGGUGAUGGCCGCGGCGAUAGGGAUUACCGCGACCGUGACCGUGACCGUGACUGGGACGCGAAUCGCGAGCGGGAACGGGGCCGUGACCGCGAACGAGAGCGGGAACGCGAACGAGAGCGGGAUCGGGACCGGGACCGUGACAGGGAGCGCGAAAGGGAGAGAGAAAGAGAGCGGGAACGGGCGCGUGAACAGGAGCGGGGCGAGGAGAGACGCGGUCGUGAGGAGGCUGGCGGCACCAGCGAAGAGCCGCCCUCCAAACGCAGACGUGAAGGGGUGCCGGCGGAGGGGGAGCUGUCCGGCGACGUAGCUCUGGCGCUGGGAGUGACUGCGGAGGCAGUGGCAGCAGGAGCGGCCCCGGGCCUGACCGCAGAGGAGGCGGCCCAGCAGCGGAGGGACGCGGAGGCGGCGGCGCUGGAGGCCCAGGUGGAGCGGAGGCGGCGGGCGGUGGAGGAGUGGCGCAAGAAGCGGGUCGCGGAGCAGGGAGGGGCGGACCAGGCGCAGCAGCAGCAGCAGCCCGCUUCGGAGCAGCCCACGCAGGGUGAGGGGCAGGCGGCCGGCGGCGGUGAACCGGCGGAUGCGGAUGCAGCCCUGGGUCAGGCCGGAAGUGAGGGCGGGCCGGCUAGGAAGAAGGGCUGGACGCUGGAGGAUGAGGACGACGAGGAGGACGGCGGCGGGGGCGGGGAGGACGCGGAGAUGGCGGAUGCGGAUGCUGACGCGGAUGGGGCCCUGCAGCCGCCGUUACCAGCCAUCAAGCGAGAGCAGGACGACGACGAGGAGGAGGACCCCCUGGACGCCUUCAUGUCGGGCAUGGCAGCAGGCAGGCCGCAGCAGCAGCCAGCGAAGCCAACGCCGGGUAGGCCCACCGCAGGAGCAGCAGGCAGGUUCGGGGGCUUUGGCAAGAAGGGCCUAGUCAUAGCGACUCCCGGUAGCGCUGGGGCUGGAGCUGCACCCAGCACUUCAGCAGCCGCAGCGGUGAAGUGGGAGGCGGAGGCGGAGCCCUCUACCGGGUCGCAGUCAGCAGCAGCGGCGGGGACGGGUGCGGGAGCUGCGGAGGGGCAGGGGGCGGCAGCGGCGAAGCCCCGGCGGCGGUGGGCGCCAGUGACCGCAGGCCCGGCAGCAGGCGCCUCAGCAGCAGCCGGUGCGGGUGGCGGCGGUGGUGAGUCGGAGGAGGUGGACCCCCUGGACGCCUUCAUGGCUGCGGAGGUGCUGCCGGAGGUGCACAAGCUGGCGGCGCAGGAGGCGGAGCGAAGGGCGGCAGCGGGGGCACGAGAAGAGGUGUCACCGGCGCCGGGGGCGGGGGCUGCAGGGGACGUGGAGAUGGCUGCGGCAGAGGUCAAGCCCGAAGCCGAUUCGCAGCACCUGCCGGGUCCCAGCAGCCGACUGUCUCCGCCGCCUGUCGCGGGGCCCUCGGCGCGCUACAACGGCUCAGCGGCUGCUGCGGCUGCGGCUGCCCAGCGCGGCGGAUCCCAACAGCGCCGCAAGCCGCGAGCCGCCAUCUCCCGCCGCGCCUAUCAGAGCAGCGACGAGGACAGCAGUGAGGGCAGCGACGCGGAGGAGGAGGAGGAGGAGAAGGAGGUCGACGAUGCGGAGUGGGCCCGCAUGGUGACGAGCGGCAAGCUGUCCAAGGGCGAGAAGCUGGUGGCGGUGGACCACUCCGCCAUCUCCUACCUGCCCUUCCGCAAGAACUUCUACAUCGAGGUGUCGGAGCUCUCCAAGCUCAGCGAGGCGGAGCGGGCGGAGCUCCGCAAGGAGAUGGAUGGCAUCAAGGUGCGGGGCAAGAACAUCCCCGCGCCCAUCCGCGCCUGGACGCAGGCCGGGCUGUCAGGCCGGCUGCUCGAGGUGAUGCACAAGCGCGGCUUCGACCGGCCGCUGCCCAUCCAGGCGCAGGCGCUGCCCAUCAUAAUGUCGGGCCGCGACUGCAUCGGCAUUGCCAAGACGGGCAGCGGCAAGACGCUGGCGUUCGUGCUGCCCAUGAUGCGGCACAUCAAGGACCAGCCGCCGCUGCAGCAGGGUGACGGGCCGGUGGCACUGGUGAUUGCGCCCACUCGCGAGCUGGUGGCGCAGAUCGCCAAGGAGGCCAAGGCGUUCGGCAAGGCGAUGGGACUGAACGCGCUGGCGGUGUUUGGGGGCUCAGGUGUGGCCAACCAGAUCACGGAGCUCAAGCGCGGUGUGGAGAUCGUGGCCUGCACGCCCGGCCGCAUGAUUGACCUGCUGGUGACGUCCAACGGCAAGAUCACCAACCUGCGCCGCGUCACCUACCUGGUGCUGGACGAGGCGGACCGCAUGUUCGACAUGGGGUUCGAACCGCAGAUCAGCCGCAUUGUACAGAACAUCCGACCCGACCGGCAGACGGUCAUGUUCAGCGCGACCUUCCCGCGCCAGGUGGAGGUGCUAGCGCGCAAGAUCCUGUUAGACCCCGUGGAGAUCCAGGUGGGCGGCCGCAGUGUGGUGAACGAGAACAUCACGCAGUACGUGGAGAUACGGCCGGAGCGCGAGCGCUUCCACCGGCUGCUGGAGAUCCUGGGCGAGUGGUACGAGCGGGGCAAGCUGCUCAUCUUCGUGGACAAGCAGGAGAGCUGCGACAACCUGUUCAGGGACUUGCUGCGCUACGGCUACCCCUGCCUCAGCCUGCACGGCGGGAAGGACCAGAGCGACCGCGAGUCCACCAUCGCCGACUACAAGGGCGCUGUGUGCAACAUCCUGGUCGCCACCUCCAUUGCCGCACGCGGUCUGGACGUGAAGGACUUGGUGCUGGUGGUCAACUACGACGUGCCCAACCACCACGAGGACUACGUGCACAGGGUGGGCCGCACCGGCCGCGCGGGCGCCAAGGGCACCGCCAUCACCUUCAUCGGCCCGGAUGAGGAGCGCUACGCACCGGACCUGGUCAAGGCGCUGCGGGAGAGCGGGGCGGGGAUACCGCAGGACCUGCAGGCCCUCGCGGAUGCAUUCCACACCAAGCAUAAGGCUGGUCUGGUCAAGGCGCAUGGCAGCGGCUACGGCGGCAGCGGCUUCAAGUUUGACAGCAACGAGGAGGAGCGCUUCCGCGUAGACAAGAAGGCCAAGGCUAAAGCCAUGGGACUGGAGGUCGAGGGCGAGGAUGAGGCUGAGGAGGCCGCAUUGGAUGCAGCUGUCGCAGCGCUAGAAGCGGAUGAUAUCCGCCCAAUCUCGGCUGCCAAGGCCGCUGCCAACGCCGUUGUCGCAGCUAGCACGCCGCUGAACCCGGCGGACUCGGUCUCGGCGGUUGUGGCAGCGGCUCGGGAGAAGUUAGCGGAAGCAGCGAAAGCUGGCCUUAUACCCAUUCCCGCGGCCGCAGCUGCUCUUGGUGUGGCUGCUAGUGCUCUGCCUGCGCCGACUUCGGCCGCAUCAGCCCCACAGACCAAUGCGGCUGCUUCUGCCGCCAACCCCCUGCUUGCGGCAGCACAACAGGUGGCAGCGAAGCUGUCGGCGCAGGUGACAGCGGGCGUCCCAUUGUCAGCUUCGGGAGCUUUGCCACUCUCCACUGCUGGGGGCUUUGCAGCGCCCGUGGCCCCUGCUGCUGCUCCUGGUGCCACUGCCGGCGCCAUAUCGGCGGAUGCUCUUGCACGCGCUGCUGCCAUUGCCGCCAAGUUUGGUGGCACCAUUGCGCUGCCUGGCAGCGGCGGUGCUGGGGCUGCCGCGGGUAGGUCGGUCACGGCACCCAAUGCCACGGCUGGCUUUGAGGCGGAGCUGGAAAUUAACGACUUCCCCCAGCACGCGCGCUGGAAGAUCACCCAUCGUGAAACGAUGAACCAGAUUAACGAGCUCACAGGCGCAGCUCUGACAGUCCGUGGCACGUACGUGCCACCAGGCAGGGCCGUCCCGGAAGGUGAGCGUAAGCUUUUCCUCUUGAUCGAGGGCCCUACGGAGUCGCAUGUCAAGAAGGCAAAGGCAGAGAUUAAGAAGAUUAUUGAGGAGACCACAGAGAAGGUUAUGCGGAGAGAUGCCCCUGCUGCUGGCCGGUACAGCAUUAUGUAGAGAAACCGUGGUUGAAGGGACCAGGAAGAAAGGCUGUCUCUCAAUUCCAGGGCGGUCAGUAUAUACACGAGUAGAAGGAUCCAUCUGCUGGGGCCUAUGACUCACGUUUAAUGCGCUUUCCCUGGUUCUGAUCCGCUGGGGUGGUCCGAUUGGAACUCCUUUACUGGGGGCUACUGCUGUCCGGAAUGUGGUGUCACGGUUUGUUUAUUGGGUAUCCAGACUAGAUGGAGGGCAAGAUAUUUGUGUAAACCAUAUUGGCAUCCUAGCAAGGGUGUGGGGACAAUCAACCGAGGUAACAUUGCCAGCAGCGCAGCUAGGCACAGAGAGCUAAACUUCAUGCGUGUACAUUGGCCUCCUAAAAGGGCCACUGAUGAAGCGAACGUGUAAUGAAUUCCCAGA